AUGACGGCACUUGGUGACACUCCAGCUGGGGAACAUCAUGCCGAUCAAACUUCAGCCCCGGAAUGUGAUGAAAAUGGUGAUGCCGAAAUGGGGGAGGUGCCUGCGCCAGAGCAGGCGGAAGAGGCGAGCCACGCAGCUCCUGAGGUUCCAGGCGCAGCCGCUUCCUCGAGUCUGAAGGCCGUGAAGCAAGAGCAGCAAGUGGUGCCACCUUCAGAGGCAUGGAGGUUGGACAAAUAUGGUCGUCCUUGUUCCCCUGAAGCGCUGUACAUGCGCCCGAAGGAAGUAAUUCCCCAGGAGGUGAUGGACAAAAGGAUUGAAGCUGAGACCAGUGUCUGGACGGAGUGCUCCUUGGCUAUCAGGGCGCACAAGUCAAAUUCGAGCGAGUUUGUGGAACUCUAUGACUUCAUCACCGCAAAGGAGAUGAAGGCGGAGCUGGGGGAGGAUUUGGCAAAGGACUUGAUGGAACGGCAUGAGGCAAAUGAGAAGAAGCUACCAGCCAACAUGAAAGGUCAGUUCAUCAAAGUGAACCCACAGUUCCCGAAGAACGGAGAGCUGUGGAGGUACAAGUGCUUCAAAUCGUACACCCAUGCGUUGCGCAAUGUCACAGGGACUGAGGUGUCUGCUUUGCGGGAAGCGACGGUUGAUGAAGAUGACUUUGACAAUUUGCUGGACGAUGCCAUGAAUGAUGAGCCUAGCAACUUGGGCAGCGGAUUACCACCACAGAGGCCACAGCAAGAUCGAGCCAAGAAGGAGAAGAAGGACACGCUAUAUCCAAUACUUCAGCGAGCGUGUUGGUCGUUCAACAUUGCCAUUCAGGGAAGGAGACCUACUACCAGUUUGGAACUCAAACUCACCCCAAAGCAGUGCAAACUGGCUGGCACCAACUUGGGUACCACAUUUGCAUUGACUGAAUGCAGACGUGAUUUGGCUUGGCAUCUGUUUUUUUUUCCGUUAUGGUCCCAUUAUUGGAAAUGUGCUGCCAUAUGUUGGCGGUGCAACGCUGCAAGGAUCCCCAGGUUUGGCCCGCUCUUCACUGACUUUAACAUGGUUUGGCAGCUACGGACAACUUCCGAAUGGAUCCGGGAUUGUUUGCCUCAUCCCCCAAACCCAUUGAUUUAUGUCCAGGGAUUUGAUGUAAGCAUGCUGAAGCAUUGUUCAAUGCAUACUUGCAACCUAGGAUCGUUUACAAUCCUAAAUGCUGAAGGCUUGAUAAUGCUGGCUGAACACCGGGCAACUGUGUGGCAUUGCACUUUCGAUGAAGCUUUGCGUCAUCUCGAUCCAGAUUUUAGAUCUUGGACCCACAUGAAUCGUGCCAGUUGCUCCCAUCGACUUUGGGGGGCCAAACACCUCCACAUGGAGAACAAUGACGGAGCGCGUACUUUCCCAUGGCUGAAUGCCAAAGCCUACAACGCUCGUGUUAUACUGGCUGGGUUGGCUGCAGGGCUGAGUCAGGGGCAAAGCCAAAUGCUUUCGCAGAUCGAAGGUGGGUCGGCCCAUGCAUGGGCAGACCGCAAGCAGUUGUGGGGCGCAGGGAUUGCUGCUGUGUGCAGCUGGGCUGAAUGGCAAAGGCUGUCAGAACUUUAUCCGCGCUUUAGCGGAUUGGUCAUCGCCCAGACACCUUGGUUCCAGGGCAUCAUCGGGGUGCCUCUGAACUAUGUCAUGUUGAGUCGAAACGUCUCAAUGAAGAGCAUGAUCAUCAUCAUGGUGGCGGGCUCGCUGGUGGGCAACGUGCUCUACGCCCUGGCGGGUCUGAUGCACUCGAAGGUCGCCAUCCUGGCAUCACGAACGAUGAUCGGUAUUUGCCAGUGCCAAUUGGCUGGGCCAAUCUACAUUGCCAGGGCGGUUGGCGUCAAGAAACGCACCAAGGUGAUGUUCCUCUACUCCACUAUGUCAGCAGUGGCAUCGUUCAGCGCUCCCUUGAUCGCCUCCUUGCUCGAAAUCUUCGUGAAGGAGUUGCGAAUCGAAGACUUGGUACUCGGACUUGAUUCUGAUACCAUCCCUGGUUGGUUUAUGGCUGCAUUGCACUUCGUUUACAUGCUGCUGAUUGUCUUUUUUUCCAGGAGCCGGUGGAUGCACCGCAAUCUCCUGCAAGCGCUGCCAGCGCUAGCGACGCCGCCGGGGAGAAGUGGCGACCGGGCUUCUUGA